AUGUUUAUUCUUUUCACUCGUUCUUUGUAAUUUAAAGUAACUAAAUAUCGUUUAUAUUUUUUUUAUUGCAUUUGUACAAAGUCGUUUAACCUUGAUGAUGACCGAGUCGAAUCAAUAACGUCUGUUAGCGUUAUCAUUUGAGCUGUUAUCAUUUUUACGCCACCCUAAUCGCACAGUCGCCGACUUGGAAUCUCGAACUGACAUUUUUUCACAACCGCACAUCUGUGUACUAACAGAUAGUUAGUUUGCUAACAAUUCGCUGAUGAGGAAGUCUCCACUAAUUGUAACAAGCAUUUAAACGCCGGUCAAGUACAGGUGCGUUUAGUUUUAUAGUUAGAACAUCAGGUCCGGUAUCUUCAUUCAAUCUUACCAUACAGUUAAUUUUGAAAUGGAGAUGUUAGCUUGCAGGCGUCCUGUUCUUGUAUGUUUGUUGAAAAACCGUAAAUUAAUAAAAAAAUGUUCCUCACACGGCCAACACAGACACAUGAGUUAUAUUAUUCAACGCCGAAUGUUGAACAAUCCACUGUUCAGAAUCCAAAAUCCAAAAUUGUCUAGAAAUUUUAUGAUGUUGCGUGUUAUAAAUCACCUACUAAAGUUGCGAUAUUUAGUAACGGGUAGCGUAGUUGGUGGUGGUGUAUUCGCCUCCAAAAAAUACCAAGAAUGGAAAGAUUCAUUACCAGAUUUAAGUUGGCUAGAAGAUUUACUACCCAACAACGACCAAGUGAAUAUCAUCCAAAAUUCGUUGAAGUCAAUAUUAGAUUCAGUGAAGAGUUUUGAAUUCGAUUCAACAGAAUCUAAUAACAAAUUGGGACGAUUUAAAGGCUGGCUUGAGUAUCACAUUGAUGAGGCGUUUAAAGCUGCUGAGGUUUCUGAUUUCGAUGUUCAAUCUGAACACUUGACACCCAUUGUAGUUGAAGCUGCAACACCAAAAUCAUCACAAGAAUCCACAAAAAAAUUAGAUUUGAUGCAGCAAGAGAUUAUAGAAGUUCAAUUGAAGUAUCAAAAAGAGUUAGAACGUUUAGAAAAAGAAAAUAAAGAAUUACGUAAACAGUUAUUGCUAAAAAACAGUCAUAAAAUGAACAUGAGGAAAGUCAAAAAAUCACUAAUUGAUAUGUACUCCGAGUUAUUGGACGAAUUGAUUGACUAUGAUUCGAGUUAUCAAACGCAAGAUCACUUGCCUAGAGUAAUCGUAAUUGGCGAUCAGAGCUCUGGUAAAACAUCUGUUUUGGAAAUGAUUGCCCAAGCGAGGAUCUUCCCCAGAGGAGCUGGAGAAAUGAUGACCAGAGCACCAGUCAAAGUGACCCUUAGCGAAGGUCCCUACCACGUAGCUCAGUUUAAAGACAGCGCUAGAGAAUUUGAUCUGUCCAAAGAGUCUGAGUUAGCCGAAUUGAGAAAAGAAGUCGAGUUAAGAAUGAAAAAUAGUGUUAGUCGCGGCAAUUCUGUUAGUAACGAAGUUAUUUCUAUGACAGUACGCGGCCCAGGACUUCAGCGUAUGGUUCUUGUGGAUUUACCCGGCAUCAUUAGUAGUGUCACUCAAGGGAUGGCUCCCGACACACGGGAAUGUAUUCGUCAGAUGUCAAUGUCUUACAUGUCCAAUCCCAACGCUAUUAUACUUUGUAUACAAGACGGAUCCGUCGACGCUGAAAGAAGUAAUGUAACAGACUUGGUAUCACAAGUCGAUCAGCAAGGACGCCGUACCAUAUUGGUAUUGACUAAAGUAGAUAUGGCAGAAAAAAAUAUGACAAACGCUGACAGGAUAAAUAAAAUUCUCAGUGGUAGUUUGUUUCCGAUGAAAGCGUUGGGUUAUUUUGCCGUCGUUACUGGUAGAGGCAAUCAAGAAGACAGUAUUGAAAGUAUUAAAGAGUAUGAAGAAAAGUUCUUCAGAAAUUCCAAGCUGUUCAGAGAGUCUGUUGGUAUUACUUCGCAGCUCACAACUCGUAACUUGAGCAUGGCUGUCUCUGAUUGUUUUUGGAAAAUGGUUCGUGAAACGGUUGAACAGCAGGCAGAUUCAUUCAAAGCCACUAGAUACAAUUUAGAAACAGAAUGGAAAAAUAAUUUUCCCAGAUACUUGGAGUUGGACAGAGAUGAGUUGUUUGAAAAAGCUCGCGGGGAAGUGUUGAACGAAGUUGUGAAUCUUAGCUUGGUGUCGGUCAAAGACUGGGAAGAAAAGCUAAGUACUGAACUGUGGAAUAGCAUUUCACACUAUAUUAUGGAAAAUGUUUAUUUACCGGCAGCAUAUUCAGCGCAUCAAACAAACAGCACUGCCAGUUUCAAUACAAUGGUGGACAUCAAGUUGAAACAGUGGGCAGAAGAAAUGUUACCACGAAAGUCUAUAAACAUCGGAUGGACUGUAUUGAAAAAUAUGUUUAAAGUGAUGUUCGAAGAAAACCAAAAAGUCCAGGCCACUGACGAGAUUUUGGAAACGCUGAAAAUGGCAGUCAUUGAUGAGGCUUUGACUAGACACUCUUGGGAAGAUAAGGCAUUGGAAAUGUUACGAGUCAUACAGUUAAAUGCCCUGGAAGAUCGAUGUAUAAAAGACAAACACAACUGGGAAGAAGCUUCCCAACUUCUAAUCGACAGUCUUGAACAAAAUUUUAAAUCGACUGAAGAUUCUCUACGAGAAAUGGUCGGACCAUCUAAUUUUGAAAAAUGGUUUUACUGGCAAAGCUCAUCCAAUGAACAAACCAAGAGAAAUUACAUUAAAUACGAGUUGGAAAAAUUGUUACACUCAAAUCCAACUCACAGCAAUUUGUUGAGCAAAGACGAACAGAUCACCAUUUGUAAUAAUUUGAAACAUAGGUUUAAACCGCCGUGCGAACAAGAUGACAUUUGGCAGACAUGGUAUUUAGUGUACAGGCGUCACUAUUUCAAAAGAGCUUUAGAAAAUGCACAUAAUAUGAAAAGGCAGUUUUAUCAUUAUCAAGAAUCCAAUGGUCCCCAAAGUGAAUACUAUGAAAUAGAAAUGUUCUGGAGGAUAACACGUAUGAUCAAAGUAACUGCCAGUGUGUUGCGACAACAGAUCACCAAUAGAGAAGUGAGACGAUUGCAUCGAGAAAUCAAAGAAGUUUUGGAAGAUUACAGUCAGAAUACAGAUAUUAAAUGUAAGCUGUUGACCGGCCGUCGUGUAACCCUAGUCGAAGAACUUAAUAAAGUCAAGCAAAUCCAAGAAAAAUUAGAAGAAUUUAUUCAAGCAUUAAAUAAAGAAAAAUAAUCAUCGACUUUUAGAAUUAUUAUAUUUAUUGUAUUUAUCUAUUUAGGCAUUUCCUUUGCACUUAUGUUUCUUUUUCUUCUAUUAUUUGAUUAAAUAUGUGUUACAAUA